UCGGAAAUAUUUUCAUUAAAAUUGUGUUGAAUAAUUAACGCGAAUUUUCGACACACCACAAAAGCUGCGCAAACAAACGUUUGAGCAAUCAGUAGCGCAUAAAAAUAAAUUUCAGAUUUCGUUUAAAAAUAAAUUAGAGAUUUCGCACAAAGUUUUCGUAAAAAAUUAUUAAAAAAUAUAGACAACAUGAAUCACCUGUCGCCACCGCUAACGCCGCAUUCACAAAAUCCAGCACAAUCGCCUUCGCUGGCCGCCUUUGCCAAUUCGGCGCUGGAUGUGAAUCUCGGCCCUACGAAGAGCUGGCUGCAAAAUGCAUCGGCAUUUAAUUCCGUUAUCGCGUCGGCGCAGAAAUUAAAUAAUCUUCCCUUUCCUUACAAUUCGCUCUUCUACUCCAGCGUAUUAUGGCCACAAUUUCUACUCUCCUCCACCACAACAGCGCUUGGCACGCCCACCACACCAACCACGCCCCACUCACCCACAUCGUUCAUAAACAAUCGCGACUAUUCGCUCACACCCGAAAAGGAUCAGGAGAACGCACAGCUGCCGCAACAGCCAGAUGCCGCCAGCCACAGUGAGGAUAUGCCGCUAAAUCUGUCGCUGAAACAAGCAACUUGCCUGAAACAGUUGACGCGCUACCAACACACCGCACAAAAGGACGAAAGCAGCGGUGAAUCUGAGCUAAACGCUUGCACGCCUGUAAGCGUCGACAUUGUCAGCACGCCGCCGCCACUGCGCGCUGCCAAUCUCAAAGUCAACGUCACCGCCAAUAGCGAACAAACCACGCUCAACAAAGUGGAGCCGCGUUCACCGACGAAACGGCGCUCGCACGGCACGAUCAUCUGGUCGCCGGCGAGUAUGUGCGAGCAACCGGAAACUCGCGACUGCGCAGCCGCCAAUGCGGAUUACAGCGGCGCAUAUGCCAUCGAUCCGAUUGUGCGUAAAUUUAAGUAUGAACGCCGUGCCAGCUAUCCGCGUCGCCUGAACGGUGAUGGCGCACUGCAAUCGCCACUCUCCUCCACCGCCGCACUGGCUACACAAUUUAAUGCGGCCGCCGUGGCCGCGGCUGCACGCGCACAGGAACUGAAGGCGGCCAAUUUGGAGAUGGAAGUCGCACAACAGCAAAUCUAUGCGCAUCGCAACGCCUUCAUGGCCGGCCUGGCGACGGGCAACAAUUUCGAAAUGCUGCAAGCGCAUCUCAAAGAGCUGCAGAGUCGCGCCGAUGUUUUUGUGCAGAAUAACAAUAACAAUGAGUUGGCAAUGCGUAGUCGGAAUGUCAGUCGACUGGACAGACGUGGUAGCUACGAUAGCCAGGAUGACGGUAUGGAGCACAUGAAAACGGAAGAAGAUGCGGAUAUGACAGAGGAAGCGAGCCGUUACUCGCCAAAUAAUUCGGCUAUAAUGCAUGAGCAGCAGCAGCAACAACAGUUGCAACAUUAUGUUGCACAACAACAGCAACAGCAUCCGGACUCGACCGCGAUCAUUAGCGCAGCAGAUGUUCAUCAACGCUCCUACAGUUGCAGCAGUGAGGGUGAGAGCGAGAAGCGGGGGACGCGCAACUUUCAGUGUAAGCAAUGUGGCAAAUCCUUUAAGCGUUCGUCGACAUUGUCCACACAUUUAUUGAUACACAGCGACACCAGACCUUAUCCAUGUCAAUAUUGCGGCAAGCGUUUCCAUCAAAAAUCUGACAUGAAGAAGCAUACAUACAUACACACAGGUGAAAAGCCACACAAAUGCACCGUUUGCCUGAAAGCUUUUAGCCAAAGCUCCAAUCUCAUCACACACAUGCGCAAACACACCGGCUACAAGCCCUUCGGCUGCGGCCUAUGCGAUCAAUCGUUUCAGCGCAAGGUCGAUCUGCGUCGCCACCGCGAGAGUCGGCACGAGGAGCCGUUGGCACCGGUGAAGAUGGAGGUGAGCAGCAGCAGUUGCUGAAGACACGCCUAUGGACCGUUAGCGGUCCAGCGCUAUAACGAGACUGGCAGCUUUGUAUUUACACCGCAGCGUUGGGAUACCUUAUGGAUCGGUUAGCUGUGUGUGAGCUCGAUUUUAAAGUAGCACUAAGCGGAUUUUAGACGAUAUAUGUAUACUCAUAUGUAUAUUUAUCGGUUGCAUAUGCUCGCUCUACCGCAGUUAAUUGCGUGACAUUUGUCAUCGCGG